GAUAACUAGAAUGCUCAUCAAACAGUGUUGCUCGAAAGAGACUGUUAGUCGUUAGACUGCCGGCCCGUUUUCUGCGUAUGUGAGUUUCAGUCGUUUCAGAAGACAAACAGUAAUCUUCCCGACGCCGUACGUCGAUUUUUGAUUGUUACGUUCUCAAGUCUCCAACAUGAACCCAAAAUCCAAGGAAAACGAAGAACACGUUGAUUCCAGUUCUGAAGUCGAAGAUCAGGAAAAGGAAUACACUGUUGAAAAAGUCCUCAAUAAGCGUGUGAGGUACGGAAAAGUUGAGUACCUCCUGAAAUGGAUUGGCUACAGUGAUUUAGAUAAUACAUGGGAGCCAGAAGAAAAUCUUCAUUGUGGAGAACUUGUUGAAGAAUUUGAAGAAAAAUUAAAACAAGAGAUGAAGAAAACCCAACCAGAGCGUAGUCAUAAACAGACAUUAUCAUCUAAUUCAACCGUAACAAGUUGUGCAUCAUCGGAUGCAGGACCGUCUGAAGAAUGUAAAAUGAGUUCUCUACCAUUCAUAAAAUCUAAAAAGUCUGAUGAGUCCGACAAACAUGAUGAGAUUAAAGAUGCUGUUAUUGGUGAUGGUGAACAAAACGGUGUGUCAGAGAACAUGGCAAAUGAUGAUGACGAUGUUGAACCUGAAAAGGUACCUGAAAAAAUUCUUGGUGUUUCCAAUCGUUAUGAUGGAUUAUUGUUCCUUAUAAAAUGGAAAGAUAUCGAAGAAGCUGAUAUAAUCUUGGCUGACAAGGCUAAAUUAAAGUUCCCGCAAAUCGUUAUCAAUUUUUAUGAAGAAAGACUUCAAUUAUCGCCUUCUUCUAAAAAUUUAAAUGGUGUUUAACUGAUGAUGACAAUGAUGAAAAGUGUUGAAAAGAGAUGACUAUUAUUUUAUAUUAAAUCCUAUUGUAUAUUUCUUCAAUUAUUUUAUUUUAUUGUUACACAUGACAGGAUAUGCCUUACAGUUACAUUGUAUUAGUUCACCAAUUAUUAAAAAUUUAAAUGUUAGUAACUAAUUACUUUCAUA